AUGCUCAAGACCACCUGGACCCCUCACUGGGCCACCUUCGUCUUUCUGUUGACCGUUGUGUGUUUGACCGAGCUCUGGACCCCGGACAACGUCCUCAAGAAGCUUUUGAAACCCGAGCAGUCGGGAGCAGCUGCAACUGGCAGCUCUACGGAUGUCGGACCGACCAGCGGCACCACGAAGCAGGCUGGGAUCCGGCAAGCAAAGGAGCAGAUGAACAAGAUGCGAAGCAAAGCUGUGAAUACUCUGCACGUCUAUGCUAAGUGGAUCAAUGAUCCUGUGAACAAGUCCUAUGCCAGACUUAUGUUCUAUCUCCAGCAGCCAGAAGCCCUGGAUUCGGGGCACAUGCUCGUGCACAUGCGGAAUGAGAAGAAACAAGCAGCUGCGAGAAGCUUCUUGAAGACUGUGGCCAGCACCCUGGAAGCAGUGCAGGCCAACGGAACACUUGCAGCAAAGCAGAUGCUCAAAGGGCAGCACAGUUCCCUAGGCAACUGGGCUCUGGAUCGCUUGGCGAAGGUUGAGUUCCAGACGACUCCUGCUGAGGUUUUUCACAUGGUUCUCAGUUCUUCGGAGGAGGUGAGCGAGAUGUUGAGCUGGCGGAUAGGGACACAGCAUGACCUGCUGAAGGGCUACAAGCGGCGGCAAGUCGACAGGAUGAGCAAGGCAGAGAGGACUGAGAGAGAGGAGAAGAUCGAGAGCACCUUGGAGAAGAUCUGCGGCUGCAGAGCAUGGACUUUCGAAUUGGAGGUUUCGGAACUGGAGUUCCUGUUCGUCUUCGACAACUCAAGCGUCCUUGUGCAUCCGCUAAAGAUGAUGUUGCGUGCGAAUGCAGCCUGCUUCUUGGAGUCUUUCCACACGAGCACAGGCCUUGCCAACCUCUCGGAAGAGAUCCUCAAGCGGCUCUGCAAGGCUCUGCGAACUGCUCUGCUCCUGAACAAGAACCCGGGUCUUGAGGCUGCGUCCGUGAAAGCCGCUGUGAUGACAAGAGAUGGCAAUCUGCAGAUCAUGAAGCUCAUGAAGAGCAGCACGAAGAAGAAGACAGAAGUUCAGGUCAGCGAAGCCAUGCAGAAGUGCUUCGAGGACGUGGUGCAGAAUCUGCCGCCGAACUUGAAGACAGCAAGAGCGAAGGCCCAGGCGAAAGCCAGUCCAGGCCAAGCGGGACUCCAAGAAGAAGCCGCUUCGAGAGCAGCAGCUCCUUCUGGCACUUCAUCAGCAGCGGUCGCUAAGCUGGACGACCGCUGGAGGGCCAGCUGCGGGCCUGGCAGCACUGCGGCAGCUCUGGUCCUGGAGCGAGUUGCACUUAGGAGAAAGCAUGCCGGAACAGGCCGCCAAGAAUGA